AUGUCGGCCCCUCAUCAUCUCUCAUACGGCCCAAAAACUGCCGUCUUUACCAAUGGUUACGGUUUACCCACGACUUCAUAUCCUUCCCCAGAGGCGUCUUAUGAAGAAAUCACUCAAAACCCUCAAUUUUUCUUGGAUAAACUUCAGACAUUUCACUCGCUUUUUGGUACCAAGUUCAAGAUCCCUAUCAUUGGAGGGAAGUCUUUAGAUCUUCACAGGCUAUUUAUAGAGGUUACAUCACGAGGUGGAAUCGAAAAGAUUGUUAGUGACCGAAGAUGGAAGGAAGUCAUGGCUGUGUUCAAAUUUGGUCCCACAAUCACAAACGCGUCUUUUGUGUUGAGAAAAUAUUAUCUUUCUUUACUCUAUCAUUUUGAACAAGUUUAUUACUUUCGCAAGAAAACUCCCUCCAUAAUUCCACCUGAUGUUACAAACAGGCUCACGGAUGGCUCAGUCUCUGGCUCUCUCAAGAAUCUCUUUUCUGGAAGGCGAGUUGUUGAGGUAGGGGGAGAAGUAACUGGGACAAUUGAUAACAGAUUUGAACAUGGUUAUCUUGUUAGUGUAGAAAUGGGGUCUGAAAAGCUUUCAGGGUUUCUUUAUCAUAUUCCAUCUGAAGCUUCAGUGGGUUCUCAUGGAAGCCAUAAUAAUAAUAAUAUGUAUCAAUAUCAGCUUGCAUUAAGGGAAGCUUCACCUGAGUUAGAAGCUGUAGACACAAGUGGCUAUGAUGUGUUUUUCACUGAGCAUUAUGUCAGGUUAAAACCAUUGUACCAUGGUCAAGAAAAUGUCAUCCGUAAAAGAAUUCAAGUCCUAUGGAACACUCUUACAGAAGAGGAGAAACAGGUUUAUCAAGAAACAGGGUCGAGGGGAAAGGAAAGAUAGAUGAUUCGAGACUUUGAAAUUUAAAAUUUAAAAUUUGAAAUUUGAAAUUUGAAAGUUGAAAGUUGAAAGAAAGAGUUGUGUUGGUUGGAUGUAGGGAAGGGUUUUAGGUUUUCUUUUAUUUUGUUUUUUGUAGACUCUUUGGUUUGUUGUUGUGCUUUGUGUUGGGCUUCUAACACUUUUAAGUUUGUUGUAGUUUAGCAUUGAUGGAGAAAAGAGUUUGUUUUCUCUUAUCAUGAUGUAUGAAAUCUGCCAAAAAAGUUGAUGUUGAGUUUAUAAUGUCUUAAUAGUUAAUAGUGAAUCUAUUGUGAUGAUGUUGUUGAUGCACUCAUCUUCAUUAUAGGUUAGUAAUGAAGAUUGAUUUUGAGGUAUUUUGUAAGGG